AUGGAUAAUAAUUUAAAGUGUAAGGAAUGUGAUGAAUCAUUUGGUUUGAAAAAGAGCUUAUAUGCUCACUCCAGGAAAUUUCACAGUAUUGAAUUUGUUGCACCAAAGUUACAAAAUUACAAAUGUCAAUAUUGCAGUAAGAAGUAUUCAAAAGAACGAUAUUUAUCUGAACAUCUCCAAAACAUUCAUGGUACCAGAACUUCAAAAAAAUCGACUAGAAUCAUUUGUCCUUAUGAUACAUGUGAGGAACAUUUGUACUCAUUCGUGAAACUGAGAAGUCAUUUAUCUGAAAUUCAUCAAACUGAUGUGGAGCUUGAGGAACUCACUUUUGAUUCAAUCGCUGAUUUUGAAGCUUGGAAGCAUGACAUUGAACAAAAAACCGUAUCUAUGUAUGUAGUCGAUAGUGCUGAAAGAGAUUUCCCCGAUGGUAGUACUAAAAAACAUCUCUUCUGUCAUCGUUCAUGGAAUUAUCGUAAGAAAGGAAAUGAUUUAAGAAUGACCAAAUCUCUAAGGACAAAUAAAAUAAAUAGAGCUUGUCCAUCUAAAAUUGAAAUUACGUUUUUUGAAUCUGAAGGAGUCUCAACUAUAAAAGUCAAGUUUUGGAGUACUCAUUGUGGUCAUGCACAUGAUAUUGGGCGUAUACGAUCGGAUAAAAAAACAAAAGCAAUGAUCACAAAAAACGUAACAGACGCUAACAAACCUAAAAUAUUAAAAGGAAUUUUAUCCGAAUUAAAAGGGAGAGCUUUUGACGCCGUUAGAUAUAGGGAAAUAACUUCAUGGGAGGAACUUAAGAACCAUUUUCGAACUAUUUUUGGCGCAUCACAUUCAGCCAAAUUUCUGCAAAAUCAAUUAAAUUCUAUAAGACAGAAUAGAAAUGAAUCUAUUACUAGUUUUUCCGGGAGAAUCGAAAAAGCUUACAAUGAGCUUACGCAUGUCUCAACUGUGAAUAAUACUGCAGAGGAAGCAGCUAUUAUUGCUAAAACGAUACAAGGGACACGCAUUAAACGUGUUUAUCUCGGGAGUAUCAUAUUCCAUCCGAAUUAUCCUAAAAGCUCGACAGGUAACUCGCCUUGA